AUGACGACUUGGAUAGUCAAGAAAGCUUGGGACCAGAUAAAAACACAGCAGGAAGUAAUAUCAGGCUCGUUCCUUCAAGCCGGUAUUACUACAAGACCUGACGGCUGGGAGACUGCCGGCGAUAUAUCUAUUAAGCCAGAAGAGCUUGUGGACCGGCUGUCUGAUGAGGAGGAGCUCUCUUUCGGUCCUAACGAGUAUUUCGAUGAUGAUACCCUCAUUUACGUCCUCAAACUCAUGAAAGUCCCCCAGUUGAAGGAAUUGGCCGGCCGGAAGAAGAUUUCAACGCAAGGGAAUAAAUCCGACAUUGUGGACUGGUUGAGAAUGCAUCUAACUACUGGGAAACUAGUUGGGGGCUCAAUUACGGUUCAAGUCGAUGAUCCUGACGUUGUAUUUGAUGUAGAAGUUAUUCAUAGUUAUUCCUGA